AUGCCGUUCCUGUUCCUCACGGCCAAAAACAGUUUAUCUGUCCUGAAACGUCGCUCCGAUGCGCGCACAACAAGUCGAUUAUUUAGUUAUUACUGUUUUCGCCUUCUUCACCUGAGGGGUGUUUUAACUAAACACAUCUGGUGGUACCAUCAACCUCUUGCAGCACGACCAAUCUCGCGCAACCGCUCUCAAAACCCAGUUGGCAUUGGCGACCCCGCCACGAUCUACAAUUUGCUUGUCGACACUGGUAGCUCACUCACAUGGGUUAACGCUGCAUCGUACGUGAAGACCAGCACUAGCGUUGACACUGGACAGGCUAUAUCGAGCUCCUACGGUUCUGGAACUGAAUACACCGAUACCGUCACUCUCGGUAAUCUCACCAUCAUCCAGCAGCCAAUCGGUGUUAUUUCCGAGUCUACUUUUACGGGCAUCACCGUCGGUGUCAUUGGCAUCGGGCCCCUAGACUUGACAGAGGGUAUCCUGAGAGGUUCACCACCCACUGCGACGAUCCCAACUGUCACUGACAACCUAUAUAUCCAAGACAUGAUCUCUCAGAUAGUUGUUGGUGUCUCUUUCGAGCCCACAACUUCGGAGUCAGACACCAACGGAGAGCUCACCUUCGGUGGAAUUGAUGCUAUCAAGUACACUGGUGCCGUUGCGUACACUCCUCUCACUACUACCGAACCCGCAUCCUACUACUGGGGUAUCAACGAGAGCAUCACUUACGGCUCUACGACCAUCUUGUCUGAGACGGCUGGUAUUGUUGACACUGGCACUACUCUCAUCCUUAUUGCCUCUAACGCCUUCAGCGCGUACCAGUCUGGAACCGGUGCUAUCGAGGACGAGACGACUGGUCUUUUCCGCAUUACGUCUACCCAGUACAGUGCACUCGUGAACCUGAACUUCAAUGUCGGCAAUAACACCUAUGCUCUCACCCCUAACGGCCAAAUCUGGCCUCGUGCCCUAAACACCUAUAUCGGUGGCAGUACCGACUACAUCUACCUCAUCGUCAACGACUUUGGCACUCCGAGUGGUGAAGGUCUCGACUUCAUCAACGGCUACACUUUCCUUGAGCGCUUUUACUCCGUGUUCGAUACCACCAACUCUCAAGUCGGUUUUGCCGCGACCGCAUACACGACUGCCACCACCAACUGA